GGAUUGAUUGAUGGAUGGAUGGAUGGUGGGUCUCUGGGUUCUCUGCUCCCUAACAGAAAAGAAAGAAAGAAAGAAGCUUUCACCACAAAAACCCAACCCACCGGUGGACAAGAGGAAUUCGACUAUUCCAGAUAGGGCGACAUGGACUGCGAGAUGAGGCGACUCUAGUGCCAGUCACUCCGGUGGCCCAUUUUUUCUUCCUUUUUCAGGGGAAAAAAAGGAAGGAAUUUGGGUAGAUCAAUCAAUGGAGCAGAGAAAUUCGAUGUUUGUUUGUUUGUUUGUUCAAUAGAGGAGAGCAAUUCUUGGUCAUGUAUGCAUCUUGCCCACAGUGGAAGGAGUGAGUGUGAUUUGGAAGACGCAGGUAGAGGGUGUGCCUUCCAGGUGUUCGAUCAUUUGCCUCAAAGAAUCCAUAUCCUCUUUUGUGCUACUGUCCAGAUGAUGUUCAGGAAUAAUAACAGAAAGAAAACUCCAAGAGUGCUGACAAGUGACAACCAGGAGAUGCAGACAUGCAGUUCCUCGAUGAAUGAUUCCUGAUGUCCUUGUACAGUUGUCCUCAGCCAUUUGGAACAAUGGGGAUUCUUUGCCGGUAUGCUCUAUCAUCAGGAAGGAACAUUUCUGUGAGAAGAGCUGCUACAAGAUAUGUAUGAGGUAUGAGGUAUCUAUCUCCUGCCAAUUACUCCAAGCUUUUCCAUGUUCCAAUAAUUGCUUGUUUCUGCGUUCCUGCAGUUAGUUAAAAGAAAAAAAAAGAUACUAGAAACCAAAGCUACAGAAGAAGCAAUUAGAGGGGCCUAACUCAUCAUUGUGAGCCUGAACAUAAUGCAGUGUUAAAGAUAAGUCAACAAAGCUUCUUGUCUGAGUCCACUUAUGUUCUGAAAAUGGCAUGGCAUGCAGAUCAGACAGGACAUAUUGCUGCAGCACCUAUUAAUCUGCCUACUCCUUAAGCACUAAGAAAGAAAUAUAUACUAAAGUGUUUAUUCCAGUUAUUUUUAGGUGGGACAAGAUACUCCUGAGUAAACAACCCAUCAUUACUUUGUGAUACAAUUAGGCAGGCCAAUCAUGGAGCUAAAUGGAAUAGAACUUGCUUAGGGAUAGCUUAUAGGUUUUCUCUUUGCACCUUAAUAGAUCUUCACAUCCUUGUUAAGAGACGUGCCUUUAAAUGAUUAAAUUAAGGAAGUACAUGCAAGUGGUAAAGCUUUUCGGGAAUACGCAAGGAGCGCAUUUUUUCCAUUAAGAGAAAUAAAAGUUAUUUACAUUUGAAAGAGAAAAACAGCACGGGACUGAUACAGGACAAUAACAGACAAUCCUAGGUCUAUCUCUCGCGCAAGUGGUAAAGCUGAUAGGUGAAAAGAUGAGUGUCUUUCUAAUAAAGCUUCUCACCUUACAUGUAAAGAACAGAUACUAAAUAUUAUGUUAACAUGGAACGUAAGGAGCUGUCAUUGUACAAAGAGGAUCAACAGCAAAGUAAUAUUUCUUUUCUAGUAUAUAAUAAAGUUUGUACAAUCCAAUAGAUUCUUAGGAGCUAUUUUUUCUUCAAGUGAGGAUUUUGAUGCAUAUAUGUAGGCAUCAUGGAAUCAUAUGCCUUGCUUCCACAUUAACUUAAGAGCAGUCUGAAUAAGCAUAGGUCAUCCAACUUGUCAGGUUUAAUCGAUUUUGGUUAGAAAAGCAAAGAUUAUCUGUACUAAUGCAGAGGGACCAAAUGGCCAUCUUGAGUUACUUUACCAAGGUCUCAUGUGGGCAGAAAAGGCAAAGCUUAUGGUAAAAUGGGCAAUGAUGAGAAAUGUGCUCUCCAGUGUGUCACCACAAGCACUAAGACACUAUCUAAUGGUUGGAAAACGUCACAGGAACCAUAGAAGAAGAUCCCAGGUUCAUCAUAAUAGAAGCUGAACAAAGAAAGCAGAGCAGGGGAGCAUGCUUACUUUCAGGAAAAGAUUGAAGUGGACUGAAGUUUCAACUGGAGCUCCAAUAGACACCACAUUCCCCACCAAGACACAAGUUUGGGAGAAGAGAAUCCAUGAAGAGCUCUUCAGUUGCACCAAGGCUGAAACAGGAGAGACAAGAUGACUGUAAGUUUCAGGAAGGUGAUGUGAACAGCCUUGAGCUUCGGCUUGGCAUAUCUUCCGACAAUGACCAGAUCAGUGGUGGUGGUGCUGCUAGUCCAUGGCUUGGUGUGGGAGUGCACCCUUGGAGCCUGGCUGCAAGGCAAGGGAAGGCAGCCUUGGAGCAAGCUCACCAGAGGCCUAAUGAAUGUGCUGUCCAAAGAGAAAACCGCGCGGCUUCAUCAGCUCAGCUGGUGGGAUGGCCACCGGUGCGCGCAUUCCGCAAGAACCUGUCCACCCCAAAACCUGCAGAUGCAGAUGACCUGAUGAACAAGGUGAAGCUCUGCUCUGAUGAGGGCCAUGGCUCCAGAUGUGCAGCCCAAGAGAGGAGGUCAUCAUCAACCAUGUUUGUGAAGGUGAACCUGGAGGGCUAUGCUGUCGGAAGGAAGAUCGACCUGAAGGCGCACCGCAGCUAUGACUCUCUGUCCCAGGCUCUGCAGAGCAUGUUCCAUGGCUUCUUGUCAGAUGGCAUUGCAACUAGAGACAAUGAGCUGCAGCAGAUGGAGGAGGGCAGCAAGAAGAGGUAUGUUCUUGUGUAUGAGGAUAAUGAGGGAGACCGCAUGCUCGUCGGCGACGUCCCAUGGGAGCUGUUCAUUGCUUCAGUGAAGAGGCUCUACAUUGCUCAGGAUCCUAGAGUUCAUGCGAAGCUACGAUAAUAGCAAUGUUGCAAGCUGAUCCUGAAAGCCUGGACCGCAACCGAGGAUGAGAAAGAUCGAUUGCUGCUUUUAUCAUGAGCAGAUGCAAGGAAAUAUAUAUAUGGCAUAGGAUGACAGGAGCAUCAUAUUCAAAGAGACGAAGCAGCAAUAUGUGCUAGUGUUUAGCUGACAUGCUGUCCCUGUUCGCUUAAUUAGUAGAAUGAUUAAAUUUGCCUUGGUUGUGCUUGAGGGAGCUAGUGCUCAUACUAGACUAUACUAAUUCCCUAAAAAAAAACAACAAAAAAAGUAGACUUCUAGUGCGGUUAAUGUAGAAAGUUUUGGUUGUGUAUAUAUUUUUUGACCUGUUGUACUAUAAUUGAACUGAUGGUGCAUUAGCUAGUGCUUGUUAAUUAGCUUGUACUAUGUGUGUGGGUGGAUGUAAAUGACACUGGGUGCAAUAAACUAGUCUUGGGUUCACUACA